AUGCAAGCUAUCUGGCCCCGGGCAAUAUGGACUCUGGGAACCUGCAGGUGCAUAUCAACCCUCCCUCAGCCUACGCCAACACCAGCACUAGAACCAAAGUUCCACCCCGCAGUGGGCAGAAGAAGCACGCAACUAUCGGCCACACGGGCAUUCAGCUGGUCAACACCACCACGAGCUCCUCACACAACCAUCGCGACCACGGGUGAAAAUGCCGAUGUGACGGCGAGGCAAACAAGGGACAAGCAAUGGGAACAGGCCUUGGCCCAUCUCAAAGAUGAAUCCAAUCGUCACAUGCCCACAAAGAGGGCUCUGCAUGUUGACCAGGAGCUCGUCUCUUAUGGCGAGCUGUCUGAAAGCGUCGAUUGGGAUGCCGUCCAGGACGUGGCAGGUAUGGACUUGGUUGAUGACCAUGUUUUGCGUCAGAAGGAGGCGCAAUCGCACGACGCUGUCACCUCAGCAUGGGACGACCUCCGCUAUGAUUCGCGCACGCCUGGCGCACCAGCACUCGAAUGGCCUGCCAAUACAGGGCCUGGACUAGUGAGGCAUCAUCUACCCCCUCAGUCGCUAUGGGCUCCGGAUACCAUGCGCUUGACAGCCAUGCGGCGGCGGCAUACUUGGAAGAAGAUGGCUCUGCAGGAGCUGUCGACGGGUCUUUUGAUCUAUUCAUUGCUCAGCCAGGCAAGCAUCGCACGUUUUUCCAAAGCUCUGUCCGGCUCUGGCAUUGUCUUGUCUCAGCAUCUCGUAGACAUUGCUUCCAUGACCGAAGCUCAAGUUCGAAAGGCACGCGCAGACAUCAUCCAGCAUCUAGAGAACAUACACUCAACCGACGUGAGAUCCACAAGCGAAGAAAUAGCCAAAGUCAGAGUACCUGUGCGUCAGCCUGCGAUACCAAGCUACAAUCAAGACGCCGAUGGUGAUUUCCACGCCAUCUGCCAGCAGAUGAAUCGAAGCAUCAAACAGCUUCUAGAGCAAGUACCCAGAGGCAACGAUCGAGCCGAAGCGCUCGCAGUGGCCAAGAUAUGUCACAACCUUUUAGUAUCUACUGCAUCUCCAGACUUACAGACAUUCAAUAUUCUAUUGCUAGGAUUCAGGCACAUACGUCGCCCCAAGAUGGUCGAUAGCUGCAUUGCAGCUUUCUCUGCGCAAAAGAUCCGCCCAAACGAAAUAACGUGCCGUGAGAUCUUGGACCACUACACAUAUGAGCGCCGUCCAGAUGACUUUUCUCGCUUUGUCGCGAAGAUGAGAGGCGUAGGCGAUGCUCUCAUGCUUGCAAACCCCGCCAUCACAAUCAACGAAGCUAGUCAUGAUCGCCUCGCAAGACUCAGCACAGAAAAAGUAUACCAGAAAGUCCAUCCCACACCAAUAGUCUUUGGCAGUCUAAUCGGCGGCGUCUUGAAGUUCGCCGGCUUUGAUCGCGCCCUAGACAUCUACUACGAGAUGAAAGCUGAUGGCUGGGGUCUGGAUGUUCAAGGCUUGACCCGUCUUCUUGGAGAUUGCGUCCGUCGCGGUGAUUGGGAGGGCGGCAUAUAUGUUUGGGAAGAAAUCAACGGAAUCAAGCACGAGGCGUCGGCGAAAGCUAUGACGAGGGCGUACUACCACAUGCUCAGUUUAUGCUCGAUCACGAGGAAUACAGUUGCGUUCAACCAGAUUUUAAAUGAGAUUGUACAAAGACGACUCGAUCGCAAGAGUAUCAUUGCAGCAGCCACGAAGCAGACCAAAUGCAUGCAGAAGAAGAAUGAGUAUCUUGCACCAGCUUGGGCCGCAGAUAAUGUCCUCAUCGCGGUAUCCGAUUACCUUGAUGAUGCAAAGGCAAGUCUUUAUGACGAAUAUCCCCAUCAGGGUGGGCAUUCGGAUGAUGCACAGGUGGAUGGGGCACCUGCACAGGAGCAAGAGGGGCAAAAGAGUCCCGAAGAUUUGUGGGCGUCGUGGGUUGAGGCUGAGUUUGGGGAGAAGCCGAAGACCCCUGAACUUUAG